CAAAGGAAGAAAUUCCUACUCCCUCCCCUACCUUUAGCUCGACCAAACACCCAAAGAAAGAGAAGGAAGCUCUGCAAUUACUCCCCUCCAUAGCCAUGAACCAAGCUCAAGGUUGAAGAAGGCUUAAGGAAGAAGAAAAGCUUGGAAAAGAAGAGAAAAACCUUAAUUAAUUAAGGAAUUUUACCAAGGUAUUCUAGACUUCUCGAGGAAUCUAGGAGUGGCCGGAAAGUUGCCGGAGCCGCCGGAGUUUCGCCGGAAAAUUCCAAAAGUCACCGGAGUUCAAACAAAGAAGAUAAAAGCUUGCUAGCGUCAUUUCAAGGUUGAAGCUAGAGCUUACUUCCUGCACCCGUUGCUCGGGAGAUCGAUGGAGAGAAGACGUGGAAUGGGUGGUAGUGAUAGGGCGGUUCGAGGAAAUCCGAGAGGGCGCGGACCGGGGAUAGCCGGGCAAGCCAAUUGGGGGAUAUCAAGGUCGCGUAAAAGGCGAGGUAUGGGCAACCAAGGCCCACAAACACGAGCUGCGAUGGCUGAUCACAAUGUGACUGAAUUCGAGUCGUGGAACUCGGAGGAUGACUCAACUUAUCGGCCUGAAAGUGAGUCUGAAGAAACUUCUUUUGAAGGAAACGAUGGAGAGGAUAUGCACAGUAUUCCUCCUGAUCAGAUUAGUGAGAUGUACCGAUGGUACCAGCGGGAAAGGGAAAGGCAACGACAGAGAUCCCAGGUGGGACAUGUCAGAGACGACACCUCUCACAGGAGGGGUCGGGAUGCUCAUAGAGUACAGGUUAAGACAAUUAGAGAUUCUGAUGGUGAAGGACCAUUCAUUAAGAUCUCAAAGUACCUCAAAGAGGCUAGGGCCUUGGGGUGCAAACCGUUUGAUGGGACGGGGGAUAUCUCGGAAGCGGCCGAGUGGAUAAAAAGGUUAAAUGAAGCAGCCGAUGACAUGCAAGUGGUCCCUGAUCGGAAGUGAAGGGUAGCCACUAGAUUGUUGGAAGGUUUAGCUUCUACUUGGUGGGAAGGCAUCAAGGGUAAGUUCGACGGAGUUGUCACGUGGGACAACUUCGAGCAAUCAUUCUAUGAACAGUUUUAUACCACUUUCGAAGUUAAUCGAAAGAGGAGGGAAUAUACAAAUCUCAAACAGGGCAAUGAGUUUACGGUGAAGCAAUUGGAACAAAGGUUCCGACAUUUGGCAAGGUUCUUGCCUGAAUAUGCCGCCAAUGAGGAUCGAAUGGCGAACCAUUUUUGGAAUGCACUGAAUUUGGAGGUACGCGAAAGGGCGACCUAUCAAUUCAACAUGACUUUUAGUCAAGUAGUAGCCCAGGGUCUCCAGGGGGAGGAGCUUUGGGAGGAAAGGCAAGCAAGGGGUGCUAAGGAAGCACAAGAAAGGGAUCAGAUGAUCAAUCAUCCUCUGCGACGAGAGAGGAAGUAUGACUUUCAAAGAGAGGGGGACUCUAACAAGUUAGUUCCAUUUUCAAAAGGGAGCAAGGACUGGGUAAGUCAAAGCUCAAGCACUCGGGGCACGGGAGCGCCCAAAUGUGAGAAUUGUAGGCGGAGGCACCACGGGAUAUGUCUAGAACCAUCUAGAUGCUACUUUUGUGGAGAAACGGGCCACAUAAAGGCUCUUUGUCCUCAACGUGUACGGGGAGGAGCCUUGGGGGCCCACAGGGGAGUCACGGAGGUUGCAAACCCAACAGGGAUUGCUUCAAAUGUUUUACCAUCCACCAAUCGGGGGAGAACUCGCUCGUGAAGGCGAUGAAUGACAGAAGCCAUUUGUGGGAAUGACUAUGACAUAAGGUUGAAGCUAGAGCUUACUUCCUGCACCCGUUGCUCGGGAGAUCGAUGGAGAGAAGACGUGGUUCGUGCUUCCUCUCGUUCCAUUUUUUAAAUAAUUAAAUAAUGCUCAUGGAACUAUUUUGACUUAUAAAUUAAUGGAGCCUGCGAGCUCUUGUUUUACCCUUGUGUGGGUUCUUAUUAAACCCUUAUAUUCCGCUAUGUGUUUGAUUGUAUGUUGAUGUUGUUAUGUAUGUUUACUAAUCGGUUUUGGCAUAUGUAUCUAUCGGACGUCUUGUGCAAUUCGGUAAGGAUGAAC